ACACUGGCGCUUAAUUAAUUGCCCCUGAGAGACCAGUCUGGGGGCUGAGUGAUGCAGUGGAAAGGCAGCUGGCUGCAGGGGGAGUAAAGCACCGUAACAGAUUCUAGGGGUGCUGUCAACGGCUAGCUGGCUAUAUAUCAUCUGGGCCAUUCUGGUCCUCCCAUCACGGAGAAGAAGAAAGGGAGAGGGGAUAGAAGAGAAGAUGGCGUGGGACCUGCAACCUUGCUCAUUCCUUUCUCUGCUCGGGACGAUAUCUGUGUUGUUGUCUCUCUACAUGUCCAUUGUUGUUCCACAGAUCCUGGACCCUGAGUUUGGAACAAGCCCCCCAAAGAAGAAACCAGACCCAGUUACAUCAGAGACUGUUGUUUUCUGGGGGCUUCGGUUAUGGCAAGUCAUUGGAGUUUUUUCAAUGUUCGUUUUGGCAGUUAUAAUCACAUUGUGUUGCAUCUUCAAAUGUCGAAUCCCAAGAACGAAAAAGGAGAUUGAGGCACGCUUUGCACAAAGACAAGCAGCUAAAAAGUACGCCGACACACUGGAAACAGUACCUCCGCUAAGCGAACUGACAGACAUACCUGGAGGCUCUUCUGAUUCUGCCUCCCUUCCGACCAUCUCUGGUCAGGUUCAGUCGAGGAGCAUCAACCCUCUUCCUGUUGUGAAAGAGGAGGAUGAGAUGACUCUUCACUGAAACUAUGGGCUGGGCUGCUUUUCUUCUGUUCCUCCCUCUUCUGCUCCCUGAUGACUCUUCUUCCAGGCACUGACUAUAAAAACUUUUGGAAGCACAAAGCGGAAAAUUGAGUGUUUCCUGUUCAUCUUUCAGAAACUGCAGAUGGAGUGUCAUUUUACAUUAUCUUCAUGUGAAAAAAGCACAUUUUAUCAACAACAUUUUUUUUAACAGUAGUGUUAAUGGUUUUAUUAAUACAAGACCAAUCAAACUAUUGGACCUAAUUUACAAAGCUUAAACUUGUGUGUUAUUCACAUAGUGUUUCCAGCAACUAAGUUUGACAUUCAUAAAAUUGUUCCAGUCGGUUGUUAAAUAAGCCAACAACAGCCUAGAACAGUUUAUGAAUACCAAACUGUAUUUUAUUAAUAAAAAAAUAAGAACAAAAUGACUUUUAAUAUCUCCUGAGUUAUAGUUUUGGGAAAAGGGUCCAUUCUAAGAUUAGAACACAGCAAAUAUUGACAAAGGCUUCCUUGUGAUUGAUUGUAGUGUUGCUAGGUUAUAAGUAGCCAGCACACCUGCCUACUCAACCAGCACACGGGGUAUGUUUUGGACACUUGGUACACUUUUAAAACAUUUACCUAAAGAACAGCUGGAUAUUUUGUGAACAGCAAAAAAGCUUGUAAGCCUUAAGGUUGGGAGUGUAGGAGACUUCUGAAAAUGAGCAUGUUAGAGGAAGGCUUUCUAUUGUAAUUUGUGAUACUGUGUGUCAUGUAUUAGGCCUGGUGGGCCACUCAUAAUAAAUAUAUAUGAAUCCCACUCCAUUCCUGACUUAAUACAUACAUACAUACAUACAUACAUAAAUAAUAUCAGGUCCAUAAGAUUCUGCUUUUAUCUGGCUUACAGGUUUUGUGUACACUGUGUAAUUCUCAAUUUGGGGCAGUCUUAAAAGUGAAUUUUGGAAAAUUGACAUGCCUGAAUUAAAUAUAAGUUUAAUUUAUUUAUUUAGUUUUUUAUUGUUAUUAUUGUUAGACUGAAUGAAUAAAAUUACAGCUUUAAACUUUAAAAAUAUCUUUAAUUCAAAUUGUCAUUAGCUUGUUUUUUUUUUCAGGAAGAAAAA